UGUUUACAAAUGUUGCAGUUCUUGUUAUUCAUGUUCUUCGAUGCUAUUGUAGAACAUGUGUUUAUUGCCAGAUGCCUGUCCUGUCUCACAUCGGGAACCACGCCUUAAGGGUGAUGGUGGGGUGGCGGCGGAGCGCGCUGGUCCGGGGAAGCUUCCUGCUCAACGUGGUCUUCGGGCUGUACGUGGCGGUGCACGUGGCGGCGCCCCCCCGCCUCGUGUCCCCGCGGGGGGCGGCGCUCCCCCUCCUGCACGACAACCUCACCUCCUCCGGCGCGGGCGGGGGGGAGGGGGUUGACUAUGCGACCGAGGGGGGGGCGGUGCAGGGGGGCGACUUCCCCGGGGGCUCCCUGGACGCGGACUCGGCUGACCUGGCGGCGGCGGCGGCGGCGGCGUCGGCGUCCGCGUCGUCCGAGGACCGCCGCGCGCCCCCUGCCACGCCCGCGCCCUCGCUGCAGGAGAAGGUGUACCCCGACCUGCACACGUGCCACACGCCCACGCUGGCGCCGCGGCCCGCCCUCCACGGCGACCACUGGGUGCUGUACAACUACGUGCCGGCGGACACGCAGCCGGCGUGCAACGAGUCCGUCACGUACACGACGCACGCCGACUUCACCUUCCUGGACAACCUGGUGCCGCUGGUGGAGCGGUGGCGCGGCCCCGUCAGCGCCGCCGUCUUCGCCCCCGGCGGGGACUUCAACGCCACGCUGGCCACCAUCACCUUCCUGCGGGCGUGCCGCGGCCUGGUGGCGGACCACGUGACCUUCCACCUCUUCUUCCCCGCCGAGCACAUGCCCUCGCACGUACCCCUCACGGCGCACGUCCUCGCCGCGCGCACUUCCUGCUCGACGCCGCCGCCGUACCUGGCCACGCACACGUACAAGCGCGCACACAACCUUACGUACCCCGUCAACGUGGCGCGCAACAUCGCCCGCCGCGCCGCCGCCACCUACUUCGUGCUGGCGAGUGACGUGGAGCUAUACCCUUCCCGGGGCUUCAUCCCUUUCUUCAUGGACAUGCUCAAGCGGCAGGACGCGUCGCCCACGCCCGCGCCCACGCGCAGGGUCUAUGUGCUGCCGAUCUUCGAGGUGAAGAGCGGGCUGCGGCCGCCCGCGUCCAAGCUGGCCCUCGUGCGCAUGCUCAAGCGCGGCUCCGCCAUCCCCUUCCACAAGUUCGUGUGCCCGCAGUGCCACAAGGUGCCGGGCAUGCGCGAGUGGGCCGACUCCAACGCCACCGAGUCCGUGAACGUGGUCAUGGUGGCCAAGCGGCACCCGCCCUUCCACCACUGGGAGCCCAUCUACGUGGGCACACACCUCGAGCCCCUGUACGACGAGCGCCUCUCGUGGGAGGGACGCUCCGACAAGAUGACGCAGAUGUACGUGAUGUGCGUCCUCGACUACGAGUUCCACGUCCUGGACAACGCCUUCCUGGUGCACCGGCCCGGCAUCAAGCGCCACCGCCGCGACCGCCACCGGGACCAGCUCACGGCCAAGCAGAACGCCCUUCUACACAGCAAGAUCACGCCCGAACUCCACACCAUCUACGGCAAGCGUGGGGCGUGUUACUUGUAGCAGAGACACGCCCACUCGCUAACCUGCGCCUCCUGUUGGCUGGCUCGGUUAGCUGGCCCUGCCCAUUUGCUAACCUUCCCUUCCUAUAGGCUGGCUUGGUUGACUGGCCCCGCCUGUUGGUUGGUUGGCUGGGUCGUCUGGCCAGUCUUUUGCAUUGGCUGGCUCCCGCUGGCUAUCACCACCUGCUGGCUGACAUGGCUAGUCAGCCCCUCCAACUGGCUGGUUAACUACUUCCAUUACCACAAUGACUUAUCAACUGGACUAGCUGGUCUAUCCUGCUUUACGAUCAGUUCCUUCAACUGCCAUCGGAAUUGGCUCGUUUUGCUGGCCGAUUACUCCCAUUGGCCUACCCUUUCCUACAUCUCGGUUAGCUCCUCCCAUCAGCUGAUCAACCUCUCUCAUUGGCUGGUUGUUUCACCCUACUGGCUGGUUGGUUCCUUUCAGAGGACAGUUAGCUCCUCCUACCAAUCGGCUGCGCCUCUCACCAACUGGACGAUCUUUCCCACAAUACUCUCUGCGUCGUCUUCUUGCACCAAUUACAGAAAGCGGCGAGAUCUCGACUUGCCUGCCACCUUCUCAGGAGGAAGAGCAUCUGCCGUCAAACCACCUGAAACCAGCCGAGGAUCAGCGCGGAGCAACUUGGAAUCAUCUCGAACCAGUUGGAAACUACCUGCAAUUACCUUACAACACCAGAAUACCCUAGGACCACCUGUAACCAACUUAGAACCAUAAUAAGUCCAUUUUGAACCAACUAGAAACUAAUAAAGAACCACCUAGACCUAUUGGUGAAUCAUCUGUAAUUUGAAGACUGAAAACAACAUAACCUGCAGAUGUCCAUUUGCGUUAUAAUUACUAGCUUAGAACCACCUGUCAAACAAGUUAACCAGUAAAUAUGGUUGGUCCAGUUGUUAGCCUCCUCUCAACAACAAUGCCUUUUAAACAAUCUCAUGUUGAAUAUGUUAAACGGUUGUACUGUUGUUUGCUUGUUACAUGUAGGAGGGUUUGAUAAAAGUUGAAUUAC